GCCCCAGGGAUGUUCUGCUCCGUGCAGGCCCACGGUGACACGGCCCCUGCAGGGUUGGUGUCCUGUCGGCCAGGUUUCCUGUUUGGAACCCUCACCGGCACGUCGGAAGGGGGGGACAUCAGUGAGGGGACAUCGCUGGGGGGGUUCCUCCAGAGCCCUCAGGAGGAGGAACUCAAAGAUCUUUUCUCAUCCCGAGCCAUCGUGGCCAGAUCCUGCCCCAGCACCCCAGGAACGCCAGGACUGCGAGGCAGAGCCUGGAGCUGUGGGGGGCUGCUGGAGGAAGGUCAGAGCUGGAGCGAUGGCCGAGGGCGGCCAGGACGGGGUCCUGCCCGAGGGGGGUCCGGGGGACGCCCCUGACAGCACCCAGGAUGAGGCCGAGCCCGAGGGGGCUGCAGAGAGCGAGGGGCUGGAGGCCACCCCGAGCCCGGGCAACGUGGAGGACCUGUAUGAGCUGCUGGAGAAGCUGGGCAGCGGGCACUUUGGCGUGGUGAGGCGCUGCCGCGAGCGCGGCACCGGCACCUUCUACGCCGCCAAAUUUGUGAAGACGCGGCGCUGCUGGGGCAGCCGCCUGGGGCUGGAGCGGGCCCAGGUGGAGCGGGAAGUCGCCAUCCUCCGCCAGCUCAACCAUCCCAACAUCAUGCGGCUCCACGACCUGUUCGCCAGCAGAGCCGAGGUGGUGCUCGUCCUGGAGCUGAUCGCCGGGGGGGAGCUCUUCGACUUCAUCGCGGAGAAGGAGAUGCUGUCGGAGGAGGAGGCCAUCGAGUUCCUGGGGCAGAUCCUGCGCGGGGUGGAGUACCUGCACGCCCGCCUCAUCGCCCACCUCGACCUCAAGCCCGAGAACAUCAUGCUGCAGGAGAGGGACGUCCCCAAGCCCCGGAUCAAGAUCAUCGACUUCGGGCUGGCCCAGCAGCUGGAGGAUGGUGUCACUUUCAAAAGCCUCUGCGGGACCCCCCAGUACAUCGCUCCUGAAGUGAUCAAUUAUGAGCCGCUGAGCUCCGCGACCGACAUGUGGAGCAUCGGGGUCAUCACCUACAUCCUGCUCAGCGGCUUGUCCCCCUUCCAGGGUGAGACGGAUGCUGAGACCCUCUCCAAUGUCGUGGCUGGUGCCUACGAGUUCGAGGAGCGCUGCUUCAGCCAGACCUCCGAGAUGGCCAAGGACUUCAUCCAGCAGCUGCUGGUGAAGGACCCAGGGCACCGCAUGACGGCGGCCGAGUGCCUGGUGCACCCCUGGAUCAAGCCCCUGAGCAGGAAGCAGGUGCUGAGCCGGAGUCGUUCCUCCAUCAACAUGAGAAACUUCCGCAAGUUCAACGCUCGGAGGAAGUGGAAGCUCUCCUACAACAUGGUGUCCGCCUGCAACCGGCUGUGCCAGACGCGGCUGCUCUGCAGCCUGAGCAAGGAGGAUGAGGAGCUGCGCUGCUGUGAGAGCGACCAGGAGGAGGAGAGCAGCCCCCCCAUCGCGCUGCUGCGCCGGCGGAGAAGCAGCUCCUGAGCCCCCCUGAAAGAAAACAGGAGCCCCCCGGGGACGAGCCUUGGGGGUCCCCUCAUCUCCCCAACCCAGGAGGCAGGAGCACUGUCUGGCCCCAGUGCUCCCAGUUGCCCAUCGUGUCAGGGGGUCACUGGGACGGCAGCACCCCCCACCUGGC